UAAAAAACUGUCAACCAAAAAGUGUCAUUCACUGAAAACUCAAAUCAGCUGACACUUGCGAUGGCCGAUACAAGCCUGCUAUCGAUAUCAAUACCAAUUGGACUCGGAAGGUACAGCAAAAUGAAUUCGCUGGCCAGGAUUGGAGGAUUCGUGUGCCAGCCGGUUUUACAUCAGGUAAGCACCAAGUAUACUGAUUGGAGGAUGAUUCGGGAUGUAAAGCGCCGCAAGUGCGUCCGCGAACAUGCCGUUGAACGGCUACGAGUUAACUCCCUACGGAAGAAUGACAUCUUACCGGCGGAACUGAGAGAGGUGGCUGAUGCUGAGAUCGCUGCCUUUCCGCGGGACUCGUCGCUUGAUCGUGUAAGGGAACGCUGCGCCCUUACGUCACGGCCGCGCGGCGUUGUCCACAAAUACCGGCUCAGUCGUAUUGUAUGGAGACACCUUGCCGACUACAACAAAUUAUCUGGCGUGCAACGCGCCAUGUGGCCGGAACUGGCGCAGCUGCUGAACAAUGACGAACUUGCCUGCCCACAACCUUACCAUCGCGCCAAGCACCUGGCCAUACAUCUGAACGAAGAGCAGAUGCUCCAAGAAGCGCGUGGCGAGAAAGAAGCGCAGUUCCCACAGUUGAUUCUGAUUUACCUGGACUUUCGGCAAAAGGAGAAGUUUCAGCGCAUUCGCAAAUUGCGACAGGCGCAGCGUUCCCUGCCCAUAGCCCGCUUCCGAGAUGACUUGCGGGAAGCCCUGGACGCUAGCUGUGUGGUCAUAGUGGCCGGUGACACGGGCUGUGGAAAGUUCACUCAGGUGCCUCAGUUCCCCUACGACUUUGGCUAUCGCAGCAUUGGUAUGCAUUUUCCGGAACUUUUUAAAAAGGACAUAAACCCUGAACCCCUGGUUUUCUGA